CGAUACGGCACAAAGUGCGCAGGGUGCUCACAGGGAAUUUCCCCCAGCGACCUGGUGCGCAGGGCGCGCAACAAAGUCUUUCACCUCAAGUGUUUCACGUGCGUGGUUUGCCGGAAGCAACUGUCCACCGGGGAGGAACUGUACGUCCUGGAGGAGAACAAGUUCAUAUGUAAAGAGGACUAUAUCAAUAGCAAGUAUGCUGGUGAGUAC